UUGGUGGAGGCAAACAGCGUCGAAAUUUCACUGCAACCUAUAUGGAGAAACACGUUGGACCCUUGGGAGAGGAUGGGAGAAAAAAUUCGGCCGCGAUAAAUUCGGAUCAGCGGCGUGGAUAAAUCGAAGGCAGGGAGAAAUCGAAGGGAGAGAGGGAGGAGCCGGAAGAGGAAGAUCGCGCGACCGGAUAAAACCUCGUGCGAAUAAAUUGAAAGAAAUACACAAGGACAAAGGAGAGGUGGAGGGAGGAGUGGUGUACGGUCGAAAACGCUGAUAAACGGUUGAAUAAUGGACGGACAAAUUGCAGGAACAGAGGAGGAUCGCGUGAUAAACGUACGGACGAUGCAAAUCCUUUUGGGCAAGGCGCGGACGUUCCGGAACUGGAUGGGAAGCACGGCGUUUUCGCGCCCCGUUUCCAAUUUUUUAUCGUGGAAAUGACGAUGACUCGUUGAAUUUUCGAUGCGAACUCCUUUCUUAGAUCUUUCUUAAUCGAUCGAGAUGAAGGAUUGAGGAUGAAAAAGAAAGUUUGGAGAGAAUAAGAGGAAGAAAAAGAAUUUCAAGACAAAGGAUUUGGAAUUGAAAGGAAAAUCUGUAUUUAAUUGUUUAGGAAGAAAGAGGAGACGAAAUAAAUUUAGAAGAAAAAUAUAAACCUCGCGAAAUAUCAAGGAAAAAAGAGAAUCUCGGGAAGAAGUUCGAAAAAAGAAGAAUCAGGAAGGAAGCCCAUAAAGGGGAAAAUCUGAAGGUAGUUCAACGCCGCAAAUCCAAUUUUAAAAGCUUCACGUGAGAUUAAACGCCACUUGAACGCUUCUCCCAUGACUUUAAACUCGCUUCUUAAUGGCGCAAUACGUUCCACCAUGUCCACGGCUAUCAAGCGAGAAUUACAAACUAUCCUGUUGGAAAAAAGUUAACAGCUGAUCGUAAAGAGAAUAAACCACACAUAAUAAAAAUCAAGUGCAAUUUUCUCCAACAGUGUUCUUUUGUGUUUCUUUAAAGAAAAACUGCAUCUAGGACAGUGAUUCUAAUCUCGAUUUAGAUUUCAAAUUUCGAGAAAAACAAUAAUGAUAAGAUCGUGAUGAUAAGACAAACGUAAUAAACGACCUAAACGAAUUAAAAGAUAAUUUAUCUGAAGUGAUAUUUUUCGUUUCUUUUUCUUUUUUUCUUUUUUUUUUUUUGUUGUUGUGAUCGUGAGAUUUUUGUUGUUGAAAUUAAUGAAAAUGAUGACGACUACUGCCGGUGUUGGUGGGGCCGGGAUGCUGAGGACCAGGCGAAGGGAUUGCAGCGUGAAACCGAACAGGAAACUCGACCGGAAAUCCUCGAGGGGGAUGAUUUAUGAGAACGAGGAGCUUAGACUGAGGACUAUUCACAUUAACGCCGAAGUGGAGCAAGGUCAGAACGACAUUAAGAAGCUGCGAAGGGAGAACGAGCAGCUACGUAGAGAGAUAUGGAGCCUCAGAGACGAGUACGACAAGCUCGAGGAGAUACUGAAGAGACAGAAGAGCCGCGGAGAAAGCGAAGAAUACGAGGAUCGCUCCGACGAGGAUGACGAUGUGCGAUCAGAUUACUCAGAGGAAGGGGAGGAAUUCAGUGAAAAUGGGCAAGAGGAUGCGACCAAGGAACCCGAGCAACUAGAAAACGCGGAGAACCAAAAAAUUUCCACGGAAAAAAUGGCGAAUAGCGCGCUGCACAGGUUACACGUGGAUUUUGAUGAUCUUUCGGUGGUCGAUGAAGAGGAGGAACCUAAAAGAGACAAGAAAGAGAUCUCUUCCGAAGAUAAUUCGCAAUUCAAAGAGGAGAAAAGUCCCCUUUCCAUCCUGAAAUCGAGGCAACUUCACGAAAACGUCUCCUUCUAUCCUGACGCAUAUCAAUCACCGACUUGCCUAAGUAGUCCAGCUUACUAUACCGAAUGUCCCUUCAAAUUUCCAAGCACGUUGAAUCUAAUGAUGUCCACGGAACCAGCGUCAAUGCUAACUACUCCUUGCCCGUCAAUAAACGCAGAUCCUAUAAUCCCGAUAGAUCCACUGUUGCCUUCGGUGAGCCUGGGUGGCCCAAGCGUGGAUCAGAUCAACGACCAGAUAUUGCACGCGCCACCUGCAGGCUGGCAGAGCAACGUUAUGAUACCUGAAACGCAGGUGGCCACGUUUGAAACAACCGAUGUUAAUUUAACGAGCGUGCAGACAUUUGCUGAGAUUCGUCAGGAUCAGGCGAAGCCUGUUGAGCAGAUGAUCGGUGGUUUUGCUUUGCCAACUUUCCACAGAAGAAAGAUCGAUGGUUCGAUAAUAACGAAUAACACGAUCAACCCUAAUGUAACUGGAAGUACGCGCGAGAACACGGAGAAUGUGGUCGAGAAUGGAUGGAGCACGAAUAGAAAUUUGAAGGAUUCGUUGGAUCAAGGCGAGAAGAGGAAGAAGGAGGAGAGUUCUGUAUCGGGAAGCGAGAAGCCGAAACACUUUUUCGCCCCGUUGCCUUCGAAAGUGAAGAAACAAAACGACGAAUCUUCACCCACGAUCAGUUACCUUGGGACUGGGAAUAGUUCGAGCAGCGACAAGACUGGGUCCACUAUAAUCCUCAAGAAUCAAUUGAUGAAAGGAUCACUUGACGUGUACGUGAACGGGGCAGUUCCAUAUGAAGAUAAUUUUCUGAAUAAUAAAGGUGAACAGAGAACUUUCCUGAGCACGGAUAAUUUGCUGAUCGAGAACGCGAAAUCUAGCAUCGGUAAUCAAUUGACAAAAUCGAUGUCGUGGCAAGAUUUGUCCAUUAAGUCGCAGCCUGUCUCUGCCAAUCAGGCUGAAGGCAAGCAACAGAUGUUGACCCGAAGCGACAAUACUUUGGACAAUAUAUCAGACUCGAAACCGUACAAGUCGUAUCUGAAUGUAACUUUGAAGCCGCCACGCGCAGAAGAGGUGCCUGCUGCUCUUGAGCAGGCGGCCAGCCCCGACACGCCGGAGAUCCCAAAGUUACCCACUAUAGACUAUCGACUUUUCAAGAAUCCCUUUCUACGAAAUUUCGAGGCGGCCGCCGGUUAUAUGAACCAAAACAACAUCACCAGACCUCUGUCGGUCCAAGUGAACGAUGACAACCUGUGCUACUACCCAAUGCCCCACCCUGAAACCUCUACUUUCAAAAGGAGGAUGACACCUUUCGGAGACAAGUACAGACAGACUGAUCAGAACCGUCUCCUCAUCCCAACCAACCAAUUGGUCAACGGAAAACUGAUGUCCCCGGUGAGCAAGCAUCAGAUCCAGGUGACUUCCUUCGAAAGGCCCAGCCCUCACACCCUCAUAGGCCCGUCGACGCCUUAUGAAUUCAAUGCUGGUCGCAGGUUGAACCCGAACCCGUAUCUGCACGGGCAAAACAUUUACCAGAACGUGUCCUAUUUUUCGAGGGGGUGCUCCGUAUAUCCACAGAGGGAGAUGAUGUACUACGACAACCUGGCGCUGAAGGUGGCGGCCCAGACUCAGACUUCCAUAGACGGCGAUUCUCAUCACGAGGACGAGCACGCGUUGUCCCAUGAGGAGAGCGCACCCAGCACGCCAAGCGGGCAGCGUAGAAAAAGGAUGAUCAGAAAGGAGAAAGGAAACGUUGGCAAGGAACAGAAGUCUUUGUCGCCGACUGCUCAGAGGAGAUUGAAGAAACAGGGCAGCGUCACCUCGUCGGAGGUGCCCGAGUCUCCGGGUAAGGUGACCGCUCGAAAGAGGACAAGAAGACUUAGCAUCACGACGACGACUACGUCAGAAGGGCAAGAGGACAAGAACGAGAGCAGGUCGUCCUCGUCGGGUCAAGAUUCGCCGAAGAAGGAGCAGUUGAGGAGGGUGUCUCUGUAUUUUAACGCGAAGAAGAGGCCCUCCUUGACCUCGAUGAGGACCGUGAGGAGCGGCAGCCUGGACAUGGGCAGGGAAAAGGAGGCGCUCAACUCUGAGAGGGAGAGGACUAAUUCUGUUAGCAGCAGAGAGAUUGGCAACGAAGCCAAGACGAGGAAGGCGAGCACCAGCAGUGGGAACGUGCCUUGGUGCGCCUGUUGGGGCAACGGGUGUGUUUAGGGACUUGGUAAUUGGUUUUAUUGGUGGAUCUCCUCAGAUCUAAUUAAACGUUUUAUUUGCGUUGCGGAAGUGGUUUAUCAAAAUGUCUGGCCCUUGCCUUUCAUUUUAAUUAGUAUGAUGCGUGAUUUGCUGAAUGAACGAGUGAAACUUAAAUUGUAAUAAUCGUCGAUGUUACAGAUUCUUUUCAGAAAAAGAAAUUUCUCUCCAGAGAGUUGAAAAGAUUCUCUUCUUAAAAGUUUAAAAUGUUCUCUUAAAUGUUGAAUAAAAAUUGAAAGGAAUGUUUCUGAAUUGUAGGGAAAUAUGUAAAAAAUUCUUGGCGAAUUAUUCAGCAAGAAAUCGUUCACAUUUUCAAGGUGAGCCAGAUUUGGAAAGAUCCACCUUUAAGAGUGGUUUCUCGAGUGGCCAAGGGAAAUAUCGAACAGAAAGGAAGGGAGGACGAGAAGGAAGCGUAUCGACCUUUUCGUAACUAUAAGGCAACCGCUGCAGCCAAUGGGAGAGGUCGUAAAACUAGAGCCAGGCGGAACCAGGACACCAUAAAACCAGCUACCAUUCAAGUGACAGUCGCAAGUCGUGGUAGUUCUUGCCAAGAAUACAAAAAUACGGUCUCUCGACACUUAAGGUGCAAGUGGAUCGAAUCAGAAGAUUAAUAUUUAAUUGGGCCUCAUCGAUGAUAGGUCUCGAUAAAAAUUUCAUGAAGAAACUGAGUCGAUGAAAAAUGGUGUUGUGGUAUUAUUAUAUAAUUUUGUAUCUUAUCAUUUCUUGAUAAUGAACAAUUAUCAAGUGAACAAUUUGGAUGAAAUGAAAGUUCGAUAUUUUAUAUUGGACUAACAAUUUGAAUUUAAGUUUAAGAAUAUUAAAUUAAGGAAUACUACG